CUCUGGUGCGGGGGUGUGAUCUGUGCCUGUGCUGCUUCUGUAUUUUAUUCAGUGGGUGGGUCUGGCCUGCUUCAUAAAGAGCAGUGUCUUUUCACUUUGAGGAAGUAGAAGACACAGCACAGGAGGUUGUUGCGUCAACUCACUUAACUGCCAAAAGAUGAUGACCAUGACUCUGUGGCUGCUGUUGGGAGUGCUGGUGUGGGACAUGGCCUCCUGCUCCAUCAACUGUCCUGACGGUACGGUGUGCACUGACGACCAGACGUGCUGUUUGACUGACCAGGGAUACAGCUGCUGUCCGUAUCCUAACGCGGUAUGCUGUGCUGAUGAGGCCCACUGCUGUCCUUCUGGAUACCGUUGCAACCUGGUCACCAUGAUGUGUGAGAAACAAGGGCAGCCAUGGAUGACCAGACCAAUGAUGAAGAAGGAGGAACCCGAAGAGAAACCCAGCUCUCUGGUUCCCUUAGAAGAGAUCCAAAACAACCACCUCCCAGAGCCUGAAAGAAGUUCAGUUGUUCACUGUGACAACAUUUAUGUCUGUCUGGAUGGCAACACAUGCUGCAGACACCCCACAGGUGUCUGGUUCUGUUGCCCAUACUCCCCUGGAAGAUGCUGCCUUGACGGUUACCACUGCUGUCCAUAUGGUUAUGACUGUGAUCUCACUUAUACCCGCUGUGUGAGGCAAAUUCUGAGCUAUCCCUUCUUUAAUCAACCAGCCCUGUCAUCAGUCCCUGCCUCUCGCAUUUCACCUCCGGAAGACGAUGCCAAGCCUCGGGAGACACCUAUGAGAGCGCUGACGGAGGCCAGCUUCAACGCUGCUGACAGUGGAGUCAUUCGCUGUGACUCCAAGUUUUACUGCGGGGCUAAAACAAGUUGCUGCAAGGAUUUGACGGGCCAGUGGAGCUGCUGUCCAUACCAACUGGGCCAGUGUUGCAGCGACGGUCAACACUGCUGUGAGUAUAGCUACACCUGCGACUCAACUUCCAUGACAUGCAAAGGUUUCUACUCUCAGGUUCCCUCUGGAAGUCGUCAGAAAGCAAAACUUCUCUGAAUAUGUCUUGAUAAACAAGCACUGACAAUUUUGUCAAUGACUUUUUACAUUUUCUGACAGACUUUACUUUAAUUAUAAAACCUAUCAAUGAUUUGUAAUCUGCCAAAGGAAAACACUGUAACCUUUACAUCUGUAUUAUUACCCUGAUCUGCUGUACUUUUCAGUUUCACAGCUUUAACCAGUUCUUAUUUACAGUCUACAAGAGCAGCAUAAUUAAAAACACAAUUAGAAGACAUUACAUUUUUACUUGUUUUUCUGGUAUAAACUCAUACCGUAGAGACCUCGUACUAAUUUGUACUAGUCUGGGCCUACUGCCAUAUGUAGAUGUACCUUUUUUAUUUAGAAUUCAAUUAGCACGGAGAUAAUAACACAUAUAUUUCUUCUGCAAAAAAAAGUGAUCAUCCAAAUUCUGAAAACCUAAAACACCCUGCAGUACCUCACUCGAUCCUGUAGGGGUCACGGACCCAAUGAUAGCCAUGCAUUGAAGUGUUUAACUUAGUGAAUUAUUUUGUACAAAAUAAAAUAAAUAAAUGUUGUGGUAGUCAAAAUAAAA